ACCGCCACCACCAACCCAACCCAACUACUCAUCCAACACAAUGUCCGGCAAAGUUAGCGGCAAGUCCAAGUCUGGCAAGGCCACCACCGGUGAUGCCUCCAAGUCCCAAUCCCGUUCAUCCAAGGCCGGCCUUCAGUUCCCCGUCGGUCGUGUCCACCGUCUCUUGAAGAAGGGCAACUACGCCCAACGUGUUGGUGCCGGUGCACCUGUCUACCUUGCUGCUGUCCUCGAAUACCUCGCAGCCGAAAUUCUCGAAUUGGCUGGUAACGCUGCCCGUGAUAACAAGAAGCACCGUAUCGUCCCCCGUCACCUCCAACUCGCCAUCCGAAACGACGAAGAAUUGGGCAAACUCCUCGGCGACGUUGUCAUCUCCCAGGGUGGUGUCGUUCCUCACAUCGCACCCGAACUGCUACCCUCAAAGACCAAGGGCAAGAGGGACGACGAGUAAUUUACUCGCUUCGUUCCUUUCUUCUAUUUCCUCUGCUCUCUGCAUUCAUCUCAUCAUUGUAUUGCUUUGAUUUAUCUUUAUUCUCUGUUGUAUCAAGUGUACUAUUAUAGUUUACUGUACGAAUGGAUUACUAGACGGGAUUCCAUAGCGGACUUUUCAGUGGACCAUUCGUGCGUGACCGGGAAGAAAACCAUUUUCCAUUGCCCAAA